AGAGACAUAACAUGGCUACCAUUACGAUUCUGUUAAGUUGUUCGAUGGUACUUAACCUGUUACUUUUUGUUAGCAUCUACUCCCAUGGCGGGUGGGAGCAAAGUUGGACCGAAACCGCUGCUGCAGAAGCUGAAUUUGUGGCAUCCAUCUCCUGUUCAGGACACGGUAGAGCUUUCUUGGAUGGAUCUAUCCUUGAUGGAAAACCUGUUUGUGAGUGCAAUGCAUGCUAUGCAGGCCCUCACUGCUCCGUCUUGUUACCGGGAUGUAUAGCCGACGCCGAUAGUGGUGAUCCUAUGUUCUUGGAGCCCUUCUGGUUGAAGCAUGCAGCUAGCAGCACCAUUGUGGUUCCUGGAUGGCAUCGGAUGAGCUACGAAUUCAACGAUGGUUCUCUCCUCUCUAACCAACUCGAAUCCCAAAUCCGUACACUUCAUGCAGUUGUUGGAAAUGCAGUGACUGAUGGAAGAUACAUCGUAAUCGGUGGUGGUGCUACUCAACUUCUUCAUGCAGCAGUGCAUUCCCUCUCCGCCACUAACGAUCGAUUUUCGCCAGCACGAGUCGUUGCAUCGACCCCAUACUAUCCCGUUUACAGGGAGCAAACUGAGUUCUUCAACUCCAAGGAUUACAAGUUCGAAGGAGAUACAUCAGUGUACAAAAACAAAAGUGUUUCACAAGGGAAAUUCAUCGAGCUUGUGACUUCACCUAACAAUCCGGAUGGGAAAUUAAAGAAGGCAGUACUUCAAGGUCUAUCUGUGAAGACAAUCCACGAUCUUGCUUACUAUUGGCCACAUUAUACACCAGUGCCAACUCCAGCAGAUGAAGAUCUCAUGAUAUUCACUCUCUCCAAGCUUACUGGCCAUGGCGGAAGCAGAUUUGGAUGGGCAAUCAUAAAAGACGAAGCUGUGUAUCAAAGGAUGCUUACAUAUAUGAGUCUAAGCACUUAUGGUGUUCCUCGAGAGACUCAACUUCGAGUUCUGAAGCUGCUAAAAGUUGCCAUUGAAGAACAAGGAAAGGAAAUGUUUAACUUCGGGUACAGAAUAAUGAGAAACCGAUGGAUAAAGCUGCGCAAAACCAUGUUAACGUCUAAGCGGUUUUCAAUACAGGAACUUGAGCCUCAAAACUGCUCUUUCGCACGAAAAGUCAGAGAACCAACUCCAGCUUUUGCAUGGCUCAAGUGUGAAAGAGAAGAAGAUAAAGAUUGCAACGCAGUGCUCCACUCGAUGAAUAUAACUGGACGUCAUGGUAGCUUGUUCGGUGCUGAAAGCAGAUAUGUUCGGCUUAGCUUGGUUAAAAGAGAAGAUGACUUUGAUUGGCUGCUGAAAAGGAUGAAAAUGUUGGUUUCCCAGGAAAAUAAUGAUGCUGGUGAUUGAAUUUGCUAGAGAUCGUGACCCGAAUUUCAUUUGAUCCGAUCUGAAAAGUUUAUGGUACAAUUGGUUUGAUAAAAAUGUUUUGAGUAUCCAUAGAAUCUAUAGUUUUUGUGUUGAAGGUUGAGUUGUGAAUUAGUUAAAGGUCUAAUUAGAAUUUAUGAGGGAUUGUUAACAGUUGUUGGAUUAAUUAUACGCAUGAUC